UACAUUUUUGGCAAAUUCAAGAAAUGUACAUGCUGGUCACACUGCUUGCUAUUUAGUGUGUGUUGGUUCUAGUUCAUUUCAGUUCAUGAGCAACAUAUUUUGUUCGUCAUUUAAUUUUUGUUUUUUUAAUAUGGCUGAUACAAAGGGCUUUUCCAGCAUUGAGACACCCGGCUAUGUGGGCUUUGCCAAUCUGCCCAAUCAAGUGCAUCGCAAGUCCGUAAAGAAGGGCUUUGAGUUCACGCUGAUGGUUGUGGGCGAAUCGGGACUGGGCAAAUCGACGCUGGUGAACAGUUUAUUCUUGACCGAUUUGUAUCCGGAACGCAUUAUACCCGAUGCCAUAGAGAAACAAAAGCAAACGGUCAAACUGGAGGCAUCCACCGUGGAGAUUGAGGAGCGUGGCGUUAAGCUGCGCCUAACUGUUGUGGAUACGCCCGGUUUCGGUGAUGCCAUCGAUAAUUCAAAUAGCUUUAGCGCCAUACUGGAGUACAUUGAUGAGCAAUACGAGCGCUUUCUCCAGGACGAGAGCGGACUGAAUCGUCGCAAUAUUGUGGACAAUCGCAUACAUUGCUGCUUCUACUUUAUAUCGCCAUUCGGACAUGGACUUAAACCCUUGGACGUGGAGUUCAUGAAGAAGCUGCACUCGAAGGUGAACAUUGUGCCUGUUAUAGCCAAGGCGGAUUGUCUAACGAAAAAGGAGAUAUUGCGAUUGAAAUGCCGCAUUAUGCAGGAGAUUGAGAGCCAUGGCAUUAAAAUCUAUCCACUGCCCGACUGUGAUUCAGAUGAGGACGAAGACUACAAGGAGCAAGUGAAGCAACUGAAGGAAGCUGUGCCUUUUGCCGUCUGCGGCGCCAAUACACUGCUCGAGGUUAAGGGCAAGAAGGUGCGCGGCCGCCUCUAUCCCUGGGGCGUUGUCGAGGUCGAAAAUCCCGAUCAUUGUGAUUUUAUCAAGCUGCGGACCAUGCUGAUCACACACAUGCAGGAUCUACAGGAGGUAACACAGGAGGUGCACUACGAGAACUACCGUUCCGAUCGCCUGGCCAAGGGCAUUAAGGGCAAGGAGAAUGGCAUCAAGUCGGAUCGUGGUGACAAUAAUGGAACCUCACAGGCGGGCGUCAAUAGUGUGCUCACCGAAAAGGAUCGCAUACUGCAGGAGAAGGAGGCGGAGCUGCGACGCAUGCAGGAGAUGCUCGCCCAGAUGCAGGCGCGCAUGCAGGCACAAAAGUGAACAAAUCUACGGGAAUGGGUGGGAGUUUGGCGGGAGUUAG